UAUGGGGAAAAAAAUAAUUUCAAAUGCCAAAGAAAAUGUUAUCAUAACAAAUUUUGAAUAAUGAUAUUAUAAAUGUUGAUGGAAAGUCAAAGGAGAAGUUCACGGUGGUAUUUCGGUGGCCUAUCCAGUGCCGCAGCAGUAAGCGUAACUCACCCUUUGGACCUAAUAAAGGUUCAUUUGCAAACUCAGCAACUACCGAAGAAAUCUUUAUGGCAAACUAUAGUAAAUAUUUAUGAAAAUGGCGGUUUAUUGGGGUUUUAUCAAGGCAUUUCCGCUUCGAUUGUAAGACAGUUAACAUCUACUAUGACACGUUUCGGUAUCUACGAAACUGGCAAACGCCACAUCGAUUCAAGCAAAGUAUCACAUUCAAUCGCGUUGGCGAUGGGUGCCGGGUUUCUUGGCGGUUUGACAGGUGCUCCAACCGAUGUAGUAAAUGUUCGCAUGCAAAACGAUAUAAAAUUACCGGCAGGCCAGCAGCGAAAUUAUAAGCACGUUUUUGAUGGCUUUUUGCGAAUUAUACAAGAGGAGGGCGCACGUAAACUUUUGACUGGUGCUCCUGUGGCAAUCGGUCGAGGAAUGCUUCUUACCAUUAGUCAAAAUCUUGUCUACGACAUUAGUAAAGGCUAUCUGCUGCGGGAGCUUCAUUUCGAUGAUAAUGUUGGCGUCCAUUUUACAUGCUCGCUAACUUCUGGAGGUUGUGCCACUCUGGCAACUCAACCGUUGGAUGUUGUAAAGACACGCUUAAUGAAUGCUAAAGCUGGCGAAUAUGACUCAUAUCUUUCCGUUAUUACGCAUAUUGGAAGAAUCGGGCCUUUCGGGUUUUAUAAAGGUUUCAUACCAGCUUUUGCCCGCAUCGGUCCCCAUACAGUUUUAACUUUUCUAAUGAUGGAACAAUUGCGAUUGCAUUUCGGCUGUCCGCCAGUCAAUGCCGAUUAAUCGUUCACUAUUACUACUUUCAAAUCGAUCAAUAGGAGCUAAGUAAAAAAAUUAAGCUGCAUCCAGUAAUGGUCACCAACAACCGCUCGAUUCAUUAAACUUUAAAAACAAAGCUUUUUUUUUUUUAAUUGCCA